CAUUGUGGGAUCGCGGCGGGCUCCCCUCUUUGGACUCUUUCCCGCCUUGCCCCGCUCCCUGCCUCCCUCCUUGUGUACGGAAGCUGAGACGGACCGCCGGCAGCCAUGGCGGCGCACCUUAAAAAACGGGUGUAUGAAGAGUUCACUAAAGUGGUUCAGCAGCAACAGGAGGAAAUUGCAACUAAGAAAUUGCGACUGACAAAACCAAGUAAAUCUGCAGCACUCCACGUAGACCUGUGCAAAGCUGCCUCCCCAGCAGAUGCUCUGCAGUACCUGCUGCAGUUUGCCAGAAAGCCUGUUGAGGCAGAAAGUGUGGAGGGUGUAGUCAGGAUUCUUCUGGAGCAUUACUACAAGGAAAAUGAUCCCUCUGUGAGACUGAAAAUUGCAUCAUUGUUGGGUUUAUUAUCAAAGACUGCAGGAUUUUCACCAGACUGCAUUAUAGAUGAUGCCAUUAACAUACUGCAGAAUGAAAAGUCCCACCAGGUCCUAGCUCAAUUGCUGGACACUUUGCUUGCGAUUGGCACUCAGCUAGCAGAGAACCAAGCCAUCCAAACACGAUUAGUUGAUGUAGCCUGCAAGCACCUGACAGAUACCGCUCAUGGUGUAAGAAACAAAUGCCUGCAAUUACUUGGCAAUCUUGGCUCUCUGGAGAAAAGUGUCACAAAAGAUGGAGAAGGCCUAACUGCCAGAGAUGUUCAGAAGAUUAUAGGGGAUUAUUUCAGUGACCAAGAUCCACGUGUCAGAACAGCAGCUAUUAAAGCCAUGUUGCAGCUCCAUGAAAGAGGACUGAAAUUACACCAAACAGUUUAUAAUCAGGCAUGUAAGUUGCUCUCUGAUGACUACGAGCAGGUGCGCAGUGCUGCCGUCCAGCUCAUCUGGGUUGUCAGUCAGCUCUAUCCCGAAAGCAUUGUCCCCAUCCCCUCCUCUAAUGAAGAAAUUCGCUUAGUUGAUGAUGCAUUUGGAAAAAUCUGCCACAUGGUCAGUGAUGGUUCCUGGGUGGUUCGAGUUCAAGCUGCAAAGCUGUUGGGCUCUAUGGAGCAAGUCAGUUCUCAUUUCUUGGAGCAGACCCUUGACAAGAAACUGAUGUCAGAUCUGAGGAGGAAACGAACUGCACAUGAACGUGCCAAGGAACUUUACAGUUCGGGGGAGUUCUCCAGUGGCAGGAAGUGGGGAGAUGAUGCUCCCAAGGAAGAAAUAGAUACAGGCGCUGUGAACUUGAUUGAGUCAGGAGCUUGUGGAGCCUUUGUUCAUGGGUUGGAAGAUGAGAUGUAUGAGGUUCGCAUUGCUGCUGUGGAGGCCCUCUGCAUGCUGGCCCAGUCUUCACCGUCAUUUGCCGAGAAGUGCCUUGAUUUCCUGGUUGACAUGUUCAAUGAUGAGAUUGAGGAAGUACGCCUUCAGUCCAUACAUACCAUGAGGAAAAUCUCUAACAAUAUUACCCUCCGAGAAGACCAGCUGGACACCGUCCUGGCUGUGUUAGAGGAUUCAUCCAGAGAUAUUAGAGAAGCUCUUCAUGAACUCCUGUGCUGUACUAAUGUUUCAACCAAAGAAGGCAUUCAUCUUGCAUUAGUGGAAUUGCUGAAAAAUUUAACCAAGUACCCUACUGAUAGGGACUCCAUAUGGAAAUGCUUGAAGUUUCUCGGAAGUCGGCAUCCAACUCUGGUGCUUCCUUUGGUACCGGAGCUCUUGAGCACCCACCCAUUUUUUGACACAGCGGAACCAGACAUGGAUGAUCCAGCCUACAUUGCAGUUUUGGUUCUUAUUUUCAAUGCUGCUAAAACCUGUCCGACAAUGCCGGCAUUGUUCUCAGACCACACCUUCAGGCACUAUGCCUACCUCCGAGACAGUCUUUCUCAUCUUGUUCCUGCUUUGAGGUUACCAGGGAGAAAACUAGUGUCAUCUGCCGUCUCCCCCAACAUCGUACCCCAUGAGGAUCCAUCCCAGCAGUUCCUGCAGCAGAGCCUUGAAAGAGUAUACAGUCUUCAGCACCUGGACCCACAGGGAGCCCAGGAACUGCUAGAGUUCACCAUCAGGGAUCUGCAAAGACUUGGAGAACUUCAGUCUGAAUUGGCAGGAGUAGCUGACUUCUCCGCCACCUAUCUUCGCUGUCAACUGCUUCUCAUCAAGGCCUUGCAGGAAAAGCUGUGGAAUGUGGCUGCCCCUUUAUAUCUUAAGCAGAGUGAUUUGGCUUCAGCAGCAGCAAAACAGAUCAUGGAAGAGACCUACAAAAUGGAGUUCAUGUACAGUGGUGUGGAGAACAAACAGGUGGUGAUAAUACAUCACAUGAGGCUUCAGGCCAAAGCCUUGCAACUUAUAGUUACUGCGCGAACUACUCGAGGAGUUGACCCUUUAUUUGGGAUGUGUGAAAAAUUUUUACAGGAAGUAGACUUUUUUCAGAGGUGUUUCAUCGCUGAUUUGCCGCAGUUGCAGGACAGCUUUGUGGACAAACUCCUUGACCUUAUGCCCCGACUCAUGACAUCUAAACCUGCAGAAGUGGUCAAAAUUCUGCAGACCAUGCUGCGCCAGAGUGCCUUCCUGCACCUUCCCCUUCCAGAGCAGAUCCACAAAGCCUCAGCCACCAUCAUUGAGCCAGCGGGCGAGUCAGACAACCCUUUGCGAUUUACAUCUGGAUUGGUGGUGGCUCUGGAUGUUGAUGCAACCCUGGAACACGUGCAGGACCCGCAGGGCACUGUGAAGGUCCAGGUCUUAUAUCCAGAUGGCCAGGCUCAGAUGAUCCACCCCAAGCCAGCAGACUUCCGGAAUCCUGGCCCAGGGCGCCACCGUCUCAUCACUCAGGUGUACCUCUCCCAUACUGCCUGGACAGAACCAUGCCAGGUGGAAGUGAAGCUGCUGCUGGCCUACAACUCCAGUGCUCGAAUUCCAAAAUCGCCCUGGAUUGAAGGUGCUGAGGUGUCACCGCAGGUGGAAACCAGCAUCGAGGGCACCAUCCCCUUCAGCAAGCCUGUGAAAGUUUACAUAAUGCCCAAGCCUGCAAGACGCUGAGUCACAAGCAGUCUUCACGGCCACAGCCCAGGAGGUCCCGCGUAGGUGUCCACGAGCAGAUGCCUGGAGCACUUCACUGAACGUGGCGUGUGGGUAUAAGGAACAUGGGACCCUUACAGUCUCACUUGGUAUCACACACAGGAUAAGUUAUUUUUGCAUUAAAAAACCAAAAACAUUACACUGUACUUCUCCCCACUGCUCAUAAUAAAGUUGAGAAAACACUGA